AUGACAGUUCACUGGCUUCAGUAUUCGUAGAAUGCAAAUAGACAAAGAAAUCCAAUUUUGGGAUUAAUUAGUCUUAACAAAAACAUGAAGUUUUAAUACUGUAAAAGAGGCGUAAAUUCAGGCAUGGACCCCUAGAUAUUCUGACACACAUUACACAUCCUUGUUUUGGCACAAUGCCAAGUCAUACUGCACGAUCACGAGAGAAAGAAAAGUCCACUUGUCAUCAUUGGCAAGCAGCCAAGUCCAUGUUGACUCAGCAAAGUCCAUGUCAACACAGCGAAACCCAUUCUUCAAAUCUCACUGUUUCGCCCAACACAAAUUCUUCUAGCUCAUUCCACGGAAAUGAGUCAGCGAUCCAGAAAGUCCACAUCACGCGAUCCAUUUGGGGUCCACCCGCCACGAUCCAGGCGCGUGAUUGCAUGACCUGCAUUGUGAUUGGUUAGCUAGAAAGUCCAAUCCACAAGACGCAGUAGAGAGGUCCAUGCCACUCAGUCCAUACACAGCUGGCGGUCUAAGGCAUACGGACGUACAAUCCGCUUUGUUCCAAUUACGGCAUUGUCUCUCCUACAAGGACGAUAAUCUUUUGUCUCCCACAGACAAUUCAUUCACAGCAUAAGGAAGAAAAGAGAGAGGAAGUGGAGGAAAUGGAGCGUCAGGCUGUUUUAAGAAUUCCAGAUAUGGCAACUGUCACAGAUGCAGAGCAUAUUAGGAAGACUUUGGCUGCAGAGAAAGGUGUUAUUUCAGUACAGGUACGCUUUGAAGAGCGGACAGCUAACACAAUUUACAAGCCAACUGAAACUAAUCCACCAAAUAUGGCAGCCAAAGUGGAGGAGCUGGGCUUCCGUGCCACCAUCACAGACAUCCAAGGGAUAUCUUCUACUGACAGUCUAGACAAAACACUCAAGGUCACUAUUAAGGUGGCUGGCAUGACUUGCCAGUCGUGUGUGCAUAAAAUCGAAAAUGGAAUCUCUUGUCUGAAUGGGGUUAAACACAUCAGUGUUUCCCUUGAAGAGAAAAAAGCAUUUGUGGUGAUUGACACUGUUAAAAUUUCAGCCGCAGAUGUUGCAGAUGGAAUCAACAAAAUGGGGUUUAAAGCACAGUUGGCAGAGGGUCAGCUAGAACAGACAGCACGCUUGCGUGUUGAAGGUAUGACAUGCCAGUCGUGUGCCAACACCAUUGAAAGCAGCAUAGUGACUAGACCUGGAGUUUAUGGAGUUGAGGUCAGUUUGUCCCAGAAUGAGGCAGUAGUGCAGUUUAACCCCAGUCUGACCUCACCAGAACAAAUUAGAGAUGAGAUCAGUGACCUUGGUUUUGAUGCUUUCCUGAAAGAUGAUGAAUUUGCACAAAUAGCAUCUCGCAACAAACCUGAUACACCAAGAACUUGUUUAAUUGACAUUCAGGGCAUGACCUGCAAUUCUUGUGUGAAGAACAUAGAGUCCAACCUCAAGGACAAGCCUGGAAUACAGAAUGUCAAAGUGUCUCUAGCAAAUCACAAUGCUUCAGUGGGCUACAACCCCUUGCUUCUUACCCCAGCACAAAUAGCUAACAUGAUAAGUGACAUGGGCUAUGAAGCUACACUAGAGGCAGAGUACACUGAUUCCCAUACAGAUGAUGAAUUUGCUGAGAUAGCAUCUAGGAACAAAGUGUUCAAAGUGUGUGAAAUCAACAUCCAGGGCAUGACAUGUGGUUCUUGUGUCAGAAACAUUGAAUCCAACAUUAGAGAUAAACCAGGAGUUAAAUACAUAAAAGUGUCUUUAACUAAUGCAAAUGGAUUUGUUAUGUAUGAUCCAUCAGUAACAAAUGCAUCCAAAAUUGCAGAGAUGAUUGAUGAUAUGGGUUUUGAUACAAGUGUUGCUAGGGACAAUGUAGAAAACCAUUCUGCGAUCUUCAAUACUGGCACAGCUGUGAUUUCCAUCAAGGGUAUGACAUGUGACUCAUGUGUCAAAACAAUACAAGGAAAGUUGUCGGAACAUCCUGCUGUUCGAAGUGUAUGUGUAUCUCUAGCAGAUGAGAAAGGAACAAUUGAAUAUGAUGUUCAAAAAACUACACCACAGAUGCUUGUGGAGGCUAUUAAGGACAUGGGAUUUGAUGCAUCUUUGCCAAAUGGCACCAAAUUACUCUUGUCCACGGGCAGCGGGUUUGGGAAGUCAGCAAGUACUGUGGAGCUUAGUCCAGCAGCUGUGCGAUUCAACAGUGAGGUGGAGCAGGAAUAUGAAAAAUGCUUCUUUACUGUCAAGGGCAUGACCUGUGCUUCAUGUGUGGCUACUAUUGAGAAGAACAUCGGCAAAAUGGAAGGUGUCCAUGGAGUCCUUGUAUCUUUAAUGGCCCAAAGAGCUGAGGUAAAAUACGAUCCAGAAUAUAUACUUCCAUCACAGAUUGCCAAUGCCUUCAAAGGUUUAGGUUUUUAUGCAACAGUGGAUGAAGGGGAAGGUCUUGGACAGGGCUGCAUAGAGCUAACAAUUACAGGGAUGACCUGCUCAUCCUGUGUGCAUCUCAUCCAGAGCACCCUCUUGAAACACCCAGGUAUUCUGACAGCGUCUGUUGCUUUGGCAACAAGUUCUGGGAAAUUUACCUUUGACCCAGAAUUAUCGGGACCAAGAGAUAUCAUUAACAUCAUUAAAGAUCUGGGUUUUGAUGCAUAUAUCUUGCUGGACAGCGACAAGAGAGCUGCUCGCUAUGAUCACCGUGAAGACAUCAAGAGAUGGAGAACAUCCUUUCUUCUUUCGUUGAUUUUUGGUGCACCAUCCAUGAUCUUAAUGAUGUACUUCAUGCUUGGUAUGAAAAGCGAAGACCACAGCCACAGCAACACCAACAUGACAGAUAACAUGACGACACCUGCGCCCAUGCCUCAGGGAGAGCAUGGCCCACAGAUGAUGGUGUAUCCUGGUCUGUCCCUUGAGAACCUUUUAAUGUUUAUCCUUGCCACGCCUGUGCAGUUCUUUGGUGGCCGUUAUUUCUACAUUCAAGCAUACAAAGCUCUCCGGCAUGGGGCCAGCAACAUGGAUGUUCUUGUUGUCUUAGCAACCACAAUAUCUUAUGUAUACUCAGUGAUUGUGGUUGUAGUGGCCAUCAUACUGCAUGAAUCUGUGUCACCUGUCACCUUCUUUGAGACCACGCCCAUGCUUAUGGUCUUUAUCUCCCUGGGACGAUGGCUAGAACACAUUGCCAAGGGAAAAACUAGUGAGGCUUUGGCCAAGCUGUUGUCACUCCAGGCAUCAGAAGCUACCCUUGUGAUCUUGGACAAAGAGAAGACAAUCACAGAUGAGAAGAUCAUCAGUGUGGAUCUUGUGCAGAGAGGAGACAUUUUGAAGGUUGUGCCUGGUGGGAAAAUACCUGUAGACGCCAAGGUGAUUGAUGGUCAUUCCACCUGUGAUGAAUCACUGAUCACAGGGGAGAGCAUGCCAGUUUCCAAGCAAGAAGGUUCAACAGUGAUUGGUGGCAGUAUUAACCAGCAUGGUAUGCUACUCAUAGAGGCCACACAUGUUGGCACAGACACCACUCUCUCACAGAUCGUUAAAUUGGUGGAAGAGGCACAAACAUCGAAGGCACCCAUUCAAAACCUGGCUGACAAGAUUGCUGGCUAUUUUGUGCCACUAGUAGUUCUACUCUCUGUUACCACCCUUGUUGGCUGGACUAUAGCUGGCUAUGUAAAUAUUCAUCUGAUUGACCCAUCCUUUGUGAAAGGAGGGCCAAUUUCAGAGAGUGAAGUGAUAUUCCAGAAAGCAUUCCAGUAUGCCAUCACUGUGCUCAGCAUCGCCUGUCCCUGUGCUCUGGGUCUUGCUACUCCCACUGCCGUUAUGGUGGGCACUGGAGUGGGAGCACGCAAUGGAAUUCUGAUCAAGGGGGGAGAACCGCUAGAGACAACCCGCAAAAUUAAGUGCAUAGUGUUUGACAAGACAGGAACCAUAACUCAUGGAGUGCCACGGGUGGCCCGAGUGUCCAUGUUUGUGGAUGAGUCGGAAUGUUCAUUUGUCAGACUUGUUGCUAUCAGUGGAUCUGCUGAAGCCAGUAGCGAGCAUCCCAUAGCAGGAGCCAUUGUCAAGUAUGCCAAGGAGACCUUGGCAACAGAAGUUCUUGGCAAGGUACAGGAGUUUCAGGCUGUUCCUGGUUGUGGCCUUAAGUGUAAGGUGUCUGGUAUUGAGUCCCUCUUGACAGAGGCAGAUCUAGAGGGUGUCAACAACCGGCGUAACAAACAAGGCAGUGUCGCUGUCAAGGUAGACUUAAAGUCACCCUCUGGCCUCCACAGUCUGCGUGAGAAUUUACACAUAGAGGAUGUAGCAGGUGCCAUGGCACCUACAGUGUACAACGUUUUAAUUGGGAACCGGGAGUGGAUGCACCGCAAUGGUUUACAGGUCACAGAUGAGAUGGACCAUAUCAUGACCAAGCACGAGGACCAGGGACACACUGCAGUCUUGUGUGCUAUUGAUGGUGUAAUCAUGGCCAUGCUAGCCGUUGCAGACACAGUGAAGUCAGAAGCACACUUAGCUAUCCAUGAACUGAAGAAGAUGGUGUCAGAAGUUUAUCUGCUCACUGGAGACAACAAGAAAACAGCUCGAGCCAUUGCAAGACAAGUGGGAAUCAGGAAAGUGUUUGCAGAGGUGCUGCCAUCCCACAAAGUAAUGAAAAUUCGUCAGCUGCAAAAAUCUGGCAAAAAAGUUGCAAUGGUAGGAGACGGAGUGAACGACUCACCUGCUCUGGCUCAAGCUGACGUCGGCAUUGCCAUUGGCACUGGCACUGAUGUCGCAGUGGAAGCAGCAGACAUUGUGCUGAUGAAGAGCAACCUGCUAGAUGUGUAUGCAGCUGUUAAACUUUCACGCAUGACAGUGCGCCGCAUCCACAUCAACUUUGUUGCAGCCUGCAUCUACAACUUUGUGGGUAUUCCCAUUGCUGCAGGCUGUUUCAUGCCCAUCGGCUUGUCUUUGCGGCCAUGGAUGGCCUCUGCAGCUAUGGCUCUGUCUUCUGUUUCGGUGGUCUGUUCCUCACUGCUGCUGAAAACGUUCAGGAAGCCAAAAGUGAAAGACCUUGUGACACAGGACUACCAUCAUGCUUUUGCUGCUGAACAAGACCUUCCAGAAUCUAGUGUCAAAUCCUACUCCUUCAAACACAGCAUGGAUGUUCUAAAUGAUGAGGAUAUUUCUGUGCACUGCGGAGGUGAAGUUGAUCCAGGGUCCAAUCGUGGCAGCCGCCCAGGCAGUCUACUGUCUCGCUUGAGCAGCAAAAUGAAAGCGACGCCUGACCAUUUUGAAGAUGGCAUCACAGUCAUCAGCUGUGCCGAGCUGGUUCUUGGAGAACUUCAUCAGACGACUAGGAGCGAUGCCAUUUCCAUGUGGUCAGCGCAUGUUGAUCCUGAUGACCUGACCAGAAGCAUUCUUCUGAGCGCUAAGGAUCUAAACAGCCACCUUAAGUGUAUGCAAGAGAUGCAGCCAACCAGUCAGCUUUAAAUGUCAAAAUGCUGGCUGCCCCACAGGUCCAGGUGUUUCAGACAACUGUUACCCGCUUGAUCAAUCUGUUGAAUAGUUUUGAAGCAAGUAAGACCAACUGAUAAUUGUCAAGAUGGCGACAACCCGACUUCUGUCAUUUGUAAGAGCGAAUGAAGCUGUUGUCCAGCGGUGAAGGGCUGAGGGCCGCUCACAACAACCUGACUGAACUGGUGGAGAAACUGUUGUACAAGGACGUGAACAGUGUUCACACAAAAUGUUCUCAGUAUCUCAGUAUCUCAGUACACCUUGUACCAAUACUACAAGUGUUAGCUUGGUUAAUGAUUCACAAAGUGACAGCUGUGCUGACUGCUCAUAAUACAAGUACGGAUUGUGUCAAUACUACAAUGACAGCUCUAUUAAGAUGAAGAAAAGAAUUCAUGCUGACAAUUAUUUCACAUGAGCAGACAACUUCGAGCGUCUUUCCUGUCCAGACAUGAUCAGAACAAUUUGUGACACCCUGGAUCCUGUCCACGUGACAUGACCGAUGAAAGGAGCAGCAUGCUCCGCGCUCUGCAAGAGUGACCACAAUUUUCUACAUGCAUCCUCGUAACCACUUGUUCAGACAGAUGAUCCAAUGCUCCAAGAAAAUAGACAGUGAAGGUUCGCAGAGCUUUGAACUGGCCUCUCAUCCAUACUUGUGAUGUCAACUAUGCCAGCAAGAGAUGUUUGAAAUGUUUAGAUGCCAUUUUGUAUGAAAUAAACUAUAUCUUCCCUGAGUCAACGAUGUUUAUCAAUCUGGAACAAUAUUUCCCCGGUUCAUUGAAAAAUACGUGUUUUAUAAAUCUUGUACAGGGUCUCUUUCGGCCAACGAGUGCGACAUGAAUACUCUUCCACUA